CGGAACAGCUAUCUUGCAUGCAUAGUUCCCAACGCGUGUAUUCAACAAGCGCCCUGCUUGCGAUCUAGAUGCUUCCAGGUCCAGUGAGUGAAAAGAACUCAAGGAAUGGUACUACUAUUGAGCUUUUCAUCUCGGGAGAGCUGCCACACUCCAGUCUCAAUUUCAUCUUCAAUUGAGGCGCUUGUAUCAUUCACCAAAAAAAAAGUCUACGGGUCUGUUUAUCAGUCAUGACUCCUCCUACUCUGCUUGCUCAAUGGUUCCCAAUCCACAAGUCCAAGAGUGCCGCGCUAAAUGGCGGUACAACACGUUUCGAUCGGAAUCUCGAAGAAUCGCUUGACGUCCGACGCUCAGAUAAAGCUGUGUUCACAUUGCACCGCAAUGAGCCUCACCCUCAAUCGCUCGAUUUCAGCACUCUUGACUUUCUACACCUCAGUAAAUCUGGCAUGAUUCGCAAAGCCUUUCUCGAAGAACUUGCUGCAAACCCAGAUUUCGAACUCAGUGCGGGUGGCUCGCGCCUUUUGAAUGGCAACAACCCGUAUACAGAAGCGGCCGAGCGUCAGAUUGCCGAGUUUCACCACGGCGAAACGGCACUGUUGUUUCAUUCAGGGUUCGAGGCCAAUGUAGCACUCAUGGGCGCUGUCCCGCGACCUGGCGAUGCCAUUUUGUACGAUGAGUACAUCCACGCCAGCACACACGAGGGCAUGCAGAUUAGUAAAGCCCUUUACAAAAAGAGCUUCAAGCACAAUGAUGUCGACAGCUUUCGCGAGAAACUGGUUGAGAUUAAAACCACGGAGACGAUGAUUCGAGACGGCAAGCGAUCUGUCAUUGUCGCCCUAGAGAGCAUGUACAGUAUGGACGGCGAUGUGAGCCCACUCAAGGAGCUUAUCCAAGUUGGGAAAGAAGUUUUUCCGGGUGGCAAUUGUCAGUUCUUCGUGGACGAAGCGCAUACCACGGGCGUCUUUGGAGAAAAGGGCCGAGGGUAUGUGAGCAUGUUGGGGCUGGAGGCGAGCGUUGCGGUCCGUAUGCACACUUAUGGAAAAGGGUUGGCGUGUACGGGAGCUGCUGUGGUGUGUUCCAACACUGUUCGCGAAACGCUUGUGAACAACGCACGAUCGUUCAUCUACAGCACUGCUCCCUCAUUUCCGAUGGUAGCGGCUAUUCGCGGAGGUUACAAACUUAUGGAGUCUGGUCAGACACAGCCUCUGCAAGACCAGAUCCAGCACGUCGUGAAGCACUUUGCUCGGACCAUCGAGGCAAACGAUGUGUAUGAUGAAGCCGUGGACGAGGGUAUUCUCUCGAUCCCAAAUCUUGAAGGAUGGGAAUCCAAGCCGUUUGUCACCCAUGUUGUGCCUGUCAUGACCCGCCAGCGCUACACUCUAUUCCUCUGCUAUCAUUUGCAGCUUGCAGGUAUCAACUGCUUCCCUAUCGAUUAUCCGGUAGUGCCUAAAGGAUUCAGCCGCAUCAGGGUUGUGUUCCAUGCUGGCAACACCGAGGAACAAGUAGAGAAGCUAGCAAAUAGCGUCUGCGAGUGGGCGCAGGAGAUGCUCGACUUGGAAGCUAGUGGUCAGGGUGUCAAAGUACCUAGUGCUGCGCGCCAGGUUCAUGCAGCCCAGGGGACUUCAGCACCCUGAAAGUGUUGAGAUACCGUGAUUGGAUCGAAAUUCGAUGCGUCCAUUAGGGGACGUGUCGGAUCUGCAACGUAAUCAUUUCCAUCAAUCACAUUCAAUUUCGAAAUCUGCAUAACACGAUGAGUGUCAAGUCGUGAUUCC